ACAUUAACGUAGCUGCCGGCUGAAGACAGAGAGACGUAUUGUAGUCGAAUUUGUGGAAUUGUAGAUAAACGUUGCGUGAGUCAUUUAAAUGUGUAUGAGGCGUUAAAAACAUCUACUAUUUGUUGUGGCUCUAGACGAAUUUUUAAAGCAUUCCAUAACAGUCCGUGGUCAAGGAAAGUCGUUUUUUAAGUUAGAAAAGUAAAAUAUACAAAAUCAAUUCAAAAUGUUCGAUUUCAAUUUAGAAUUUGCUCGUGGUGGUGCUAAAUUUACCGUAGAACUUUUCAAAAAGUUGUCGGCCGGUGGUGUUAAAGAAAAUAUUGUGUUCUCUCCAUUUUCCAUACAGACUUGUUUGGCUUUGGCCUUUGCCGGAGCCGAAGGAGAAACUGCCGAUGAAAUUGCCAAUGCUAUGAGAUUUGUCUCCAACUUCCCCCCAGAAGUGGCCGAGACUUUCCAAUUCGUGUUGGAAAAGUACAAGGACAGUGAUCUUUUGAAAAUCGCCAACAAAGUUUAUGUACAAGAGGGUAAAAGCCUUAAGGCCGACUAUGCUACCGCCACCAAAGAACAAUAUCAUGCCGAGGCAGAGGAAAUCAAUUUCGGUGAAUGUGAGGCUGCUGCUGAAGCUAUUAAUUCGUGGGUAGAAAAUAAAACUAAUGGCAAAAUUACAAAUCUUGUAACACCCGGCAACUUUAAUGCUCUCACCCGUUUGGUGCUAUUGAAUGCUUUGCACUUUAAGGGUGAUUGGGAAAAGAAAUUCGAUGAAUCACAUACCCAGGAAGAUGACUUCUGGAUUGCCGAAGAACAAGCGGUUAAAGUAAACUAUAUGAAUCAAAAGGCCAAAUUUGGUUAUGGUUAUUUUGAGGAAUUGAAUUGUCAAGCAUUGGAAAUGCCCUACAAAGAUUCCGAUUUAAGUAUGUUUGUACUGUUGCCCAACGAACGUGAGGGUUUAAAAGAUUUGGCUGAAAAACUACAAGAUAUUAAUUUGGUCGAUUUGGCCGAUCAAAUGAAUACCGAAGAGGUGGUAGUAAAAUUCCCUAAAUUCAAGGUUGACUACAGUGUGGAAUUGUGUAAUGUUUUGAAAGAGAUGGGCAUUAAAAAGGCCUUUGGCAAAGGAGAAUUUAAUAAUAUGUUAGAGGAACCGGUAGAGCUAAAUAUUUCAAAUAUUAUGCAUAAGGCCAUUAUUGAAGUAAAUGAAGUGGGCACUGAGGCAGCAGCGGCAACAAAAUUGACAAUUCAAAAGCGUUGCAUGCCAAGAUACAAAUGUAUUAGGGCAGAUCAUCCAUUCUUUUAUAUGAUUUGGAAUAAGAAAAAUAUUUUAUUUGCUGGAGUUUUUGUAAAAUCUACAUAGUUUUUUUUUUGUAAAAAAUUUAAUCUCGAAAAUUUAAAAAAGUGGUAAAUAUUUAAUUGUGUAGAAAUAAUUCUUAAAUAAAAUUUAAUAUGUAUAAACAUUU